UCCAAGCUCAACACCAGCAAGAGCUAUGCAAAAUAUGGGUGCCCUUUGGCCAUGGAUCCAAGCCUGCUUGGCCAUUGUUACAUUGAUAGAGAUCUUGUGGCUCCUUCUGAGGAAUAGGAGCACCAAAGAGACCGCAAGGCUCAACCUCCCUCCAGGCCCUCUUGGGCUUCCAAUCAUCGGAAACUUGCACCAGUUAGGAUCGUUACCUCAUCGAUCCUUUGCAAGUUUGUCGUGGAAACAUGGCCCGCUCAUGUUCUUACAGUUGGGCCGUGUUCCCACCCUGGUGAUUUCCUCUGCCAAAAUGGCUAAGGAGGUGAUGAAAACACAAGACUUGGCUUUUGCAAGUCGGCCAUUCCUUGUCGCUGCUAAUCGCCUAUGUUAUGGAAGCACCGAUAUGGCUUUUGCACCAUAUGGUGAUUACUGGAGACAAGUAAGAAAGAUCUGUGUGCUACAAUUACUCAGCAUAAAGAAGGUGCAGUCGUUUAAGCUGGUAAGGGAAGAAGAGGUUGCUAGCAUGGUUAGAGCCAUCUCUGGCUCUUUUGGUGGUGGCCCUGUGAAUCUGAGUGAGGCAUUUUAUACCCUCGCUAACAACCUAAUAUGCAGGGUUGCACUAGGCAAGAGUUACUACUCUGAAGGACAGCAAAGGAAAUACGAUUUUCGCAAGAUUGUAGGUGAAUUUGCAGAGUUGUUGGGAGCCUUCUGUGCUCGUGACUUCUUUCCCUCUAUGGGGUGGGUGGAUAUCGUCACCGGGAUCAGAGCCCGGCUCAACAACAACUUCAAAGACUUGGAUGGUUUCCUUGAUGAAGUGAUCACAGAGCACCAAGGCAAGGAGGUUCCUGAUCCUACAACCAAGCAGCAGUCCGACUUUGUCGACAUUUUGUUGCAGCUCCAAAAGGAUCCAAGUCUUGAUGUUCCUCUGAGCAUGGACAACAUCAAAGCUAUUAUAUUGGAUAUGUUUUCUGGAGGAACCGAGACGUCGGCAACCACUUUAGAGUGGUUGAUGUCUGAGCUCAUCAGGAAUCCGAUCGUAAUGAGGACAGUUCAAGAAGAAUUACAACGAGUAGUGGGAGGAAAAGGCAAGGUAUUUGUUGAAGAAGAGGAUCUUCAUGAGUUACAAUACCUUCAAUCUACAAUCAAGGAGACCCUUAGGCUAUAUCCUCCAGCUCCCCUUCUGGUACCACGCGAACUAAGGGAGAAGACUACGAUUAAUGGACACGAUAUCCCUGCAAAUACUAGAGUCUACAUAAAUGCUUGGGCCAUAGGUAGGCAGCAUGAUUCAUGGGAGAGAGUUGAUGAGUUCUUCCCUGAGAGGUUUAUGAACAAUGACAUUGAUUUCAAAGGACACGAUUUCGAGUUCAUUCCAUUCGGGGCUGGACGAAGAGGGUGCCCAGGAUAUCAUUUUGCCCUACAAAUUGUGGAACUCGCAGCGGCAAAUCUCCUCCACUGCUUUAACUGGAAGCUUCCCUCUGGGUGCCAAGGUCUAGACAUGGCUGAAUCCUCUGGGCUUACUAUGCAUAGAAAAUCUCCUCUAAUGCUUGUUGCCACUCCACGAUGUACUUAAAUUAUAGGAACAUUGUUAAAUUUGCUAAAGUGUAUUUUUUAGAAAUUAUAUUAAUCUUUAGUUAUUUUAUUCUGAGUGAUGUAGUGAGGUUGUAUUUGUAAAUUUGUGUACUAAGAAGUUAUGAAACUAUUAGGUGGUUAGAAAUUAUUGUUGCAAGUGAGUAGUUAUUUUAGUAAAUAUGGUUAUAAGAACCUCUAUUUAAAGAGAGGUGUAUGAUGAGAAAAUCAAUUACAUGUGUAUAAAGUGUAAUACCUUUGUGUACUCCAUUUUCAUAUUGUUGGAAUGAAAGUUGUAAUGAUGUUGUG